GGGGAAGUCUGCGUCUGCUCUAUCUCUCCGACAAGACGUUGAGGACCCAAGCAUCAAAGCACGUCCGAUGGUUCCUUAGCAACGAGCAAGACACUGAAGGCAAGAUGCCUGCCACGGGCGACCUUGAGCCGACAAAAAUCGACUCGUGCCUCAUCCUGAGCACCCCAGUACUCAUUGACGAUGAUCCAACUCGCUCUGUGUUCACUGAAGAAGGCAUGAAGCAGGUGUUUGACAUCUUCACGGCCGAUCCCGUGGAUCCGGGGGUCAAGAAGUCAGCGAGUGAACAGCUGGCAAUAAUGUUGAAAGAUCCUCAUCUGCAUGCCCUGUUCAAGAGCCAUGGUGGGGUGGAAAUAGCUUGUUCAGUCAUCCAACAGUCUGUCAUGAGCGCAGCGGAGGAGGCAGACAGCAAGCAAAAGCCUGAUACAGUGGCCGUCCUACCUGCGUGUCUGUCCAUGUUGCACAGCUUGGCGCGCUACGACUACACACUGCGUCACACACUGUCUCGGGAUAGCGAGUUGUACCACUGUUUGGUCAGAGUGUCUUUGUUACACCAGUCGCAGGAACAGAUCAAGUCGGACGUGUCUCACAUUCUCACCUUGCUGCUCUUUGAUGAGGUCGCCAAGUUUGACAUUGGGUCAGUGCCAGUCGUGUUUGAUUCUGACAGUGGAUGCGAACUCGUCUCUUCUGUGUUUUAUGUUGAACCUGUUUGUAAGAUCUUGAAGAAGGUGUGCACCUGUUAAACCUGUUAGUAAGAUGUGGAUGUGCAAUAAUGUAAUGUGUGCGCAUAUACAACUUGUUAUUAAGAUUUUCAAGAAAGGUGUGCACACUCAUCUCCUCUGUGUUUUUAGUUGAAUCUGAUUGUAAGAUUUACAAGAAAGUUGAAAUCUUAUGUGGAUUUGUGGAGGCUUUAGGCCUUUAAAACCCCUGUCAAUAUUCUUUUGUCCAUUUACUAUAUAUAUAAUAUGCUCA